CAAAAAAAUCGUCCAUCAUAUACUGACGAAUGGUAUGGUGCUUCCAUAUAAGGUCUUUUUCAAGAUCAUUAGGUAACUAAUGUAACCAAAUUCAAAUAUUCAAUAUAAUCACCAUAUUUUACAAAACUGAGAAUAUCUCAUAUUUGUUCAUAUUUUGCCGCCUUCUUUGGUCUUCCGCUGUUCAAGGACCUCUCUCCUUUUCAACUCCCACAAAGAAAAAUGGGAUCUUUCACAGCAAGAACACACCUUUCUACAUCUCCUCCAUUCUUCUUCACAAACCCACCAAAAACAAAUUUCAUGGACGCAGGCACCUCACACAAUCCCCCAAUUUCAAGAUUUCCCUUAAAUCCCACGUCGAAAAAUCCAACCUUUCCGCUCUCCUGCGCCGCAAUCGAUCAUUACACCAAGGUACAACCCUCCUCAAGCGUGUCGGAGAAGUUGCAGAGAUUAGGCCUCGAGUUCCGAUCUCUACCGGUGCCGAUCGACAGAGUAAGAAGACUGCUGCAAUACGCCGAGAUUCUGCCCCCAUUCGAUGAAGCUUGGAGGGUUGAAGAGAAUCGGGUGAAGGGGUGCGCGACCCAGGUUUGGCUGGAGGCGGCCAUGGAUGGGAACGGGGCGAUGAGGUUUCGAAUCGACAGUGAUUCAGAGAUUACGAAAGGGUUCUGCUCUUGCCUGAUUUGGGUGCUGGACGGCGCUGCGGCGGAGGAGGUGUUGAGCGUGAGGGCGGAUGAUUUGGUGGCGAUGAACGUGGGGCUGCCUAGUAAGGGGAAUUCGAGGGUGAAUGCGUGGAAUAAUGUGUUGAUGAGUAUGCAGAGGAGGACUGAGGUUUUGGUUGAGGAGAGGGGGACAGAAUGUGUUCCUUCUUUUAUUUCUUGUAAUCAAAUUCAAACUCAUCAGGUGAUGAUUCAUGAGAGGGAGAGAGAUAUGCUUGUGAAGAUCUUUUUGACUGAGGCCGAACUCAUUAGAGAGAGAGAGAUUAGAAGAUCCCAUUACUAAAAUAUCUUUUGUUUAAGAUCCAUAGUGAUAUCUGAUGCAAUAAUCUUGGAAGACCAAAAAGUGGAGUGCGAUGUUGUAUCCAUUUCAAUACUAGUAAUAGCAUGAGGUCCCAUA